CAUCUUUCACAGGAUAUUAGAAGGGGAGAAUUUAUGGAUAGAAAUCUCACAUCAAAUGUCACAUCAAGAUCUGAGAGAGUCAUUCCAUUCAUGGGAACCGAAUGUCAUCUGGAGAAAUCUUUGUUUGCUCUGUUUGCUUCAGAAGAUUUUAAACAUCAGUGUGACUGGAAAAGCACCGAGACACACACACCCGAGUGAGAGUGUUCCAAUGCACUGACUGUGGAAAGAGUUUACACCAGUUACACAGCCUGAAAACAACAUCACACUGUUCACACAGCGGGGACAGACCGUACAGGGGUUCUGUGUUUACACGAGGCUUCAACUGACCAUUAAAACUGGGGAGACACAAGGACACGUGCACCAUGGAGAAACCAUGGAAAUGUGGGGACUGUGGGAAGGGAUUCCGUUCCCCAUCUGCGCUGGAAACUCAUCGACGCAGUCACACUGGGGAGAGGCCAUUCACCUGCUCCAUGUGUGGGAAGGGAUUCAAUGAUUCAUCCCACCUGCAGACACACCAGCGAGUUCACACGAGGGAGAGGCCAUUCACCUGCUCUGAGUGUGCGAAUGCAUUUAGUGAUUCGUCCGCCCUGCGGAGGCACCGGAGAGUUCACUCUGGGGAGAGGCCAUUUAUCUGUUCUGAGUGUGGGAAGGGAUUCACUCAGUUAUCCAACCUGCAGAUCCACCAUCGAGUUCACACCGGGGAGAGGCCGUUCACCUGCUCUGAGUGUGGGAAGGGAUUCACUCAGUUAUCCCACCUGCUGCGACACCAUGUCACUCACACGAAUGAGAGACCGUUUAAAUGCUCUGACUGUGGAAGUGGCUUCAAAAGCUCUCGGGAACUGAUGGGCCACCAGCGCAUUCACACUGAGGAGAGACCUUUCCGCUGCUCUGAGUGUGGGAAGGGUUUUAGAUGGUCAUCAACCCUGCUGAUACACCAGCGGGUUCACACCGGGGAGAGGCCGUUCACCUGCUCUGUGUGUGGGAAGGGAUUCAGGCAUUCAUCUACCCUGCUGAUACACCAGCGAGUCCACACUGGGGAAAGACCGUUCACCUGCUCUGAGUGUGGAAAGGGAUUCACUGAUUUAUCCGCCCUGCGGAUGCAUCGGCGAGUUCACACCGGGGAGAGACCCUUCACCUGCUCUGAGUGUGGGAAGGGAUUCACUCAGUUAUCCCACCUGCAGAUACACCAGCGAAUUCACACUGGGGAGAGACCCUUCACCUGUUCUGAGUGUGGGAAGGGAUUUAGUGAUUCAUCCACAUUGAUGACUCACCAGCGAGUUCACAGCACGGAGAGGCCAUUCACUUGCUCUGAGUGUGGGAAGGGAUUCACUCGGUCAUCCUACCUGCUGACACACCAGCGAGUUCACACCGGGGACUGGCUCAUCUGCUCUGAAUGUGGGAAGAGAUUCACUCGGUCAUGUGACCUGCUGGCACACCAGCGGGUUCACACUGGGGAGAGGCCAUUCACCUGUUCCGUGUGUGGGAAGGGAUUCAUUCUGUCAUCCACUCUGCAGACACACCAGCGAGUUCACACCGGGGAGAGGCCCUUCACCUGUUCCGUGUGUGGGAAGGGAUUCACUCGAUCAUCCCACCUGCUGAGGCACCAGACGGUUCACACCGGGGAGAGGCCAUUCACCUGCUCUGAGUGUGGGAAAGGAUUCACUCGGUCAUCCCAUCUGCAGACACACCAGCGAAUUCACACCGGGGAGAAGCCAUUCACCUGUUCCAAGUGUGGGAAGGGAUUCAGUGAUUCAUCCUCCCUGCUGAGACACCAGCGGAUUCACACCAGGGAGAGACCGUUCACCUGUUCUGAGUGUGGGAAGGGAUUCACUUGUUCAUCCGAGCUGCUGAGACACCAUGGCAGUCACACUAAUUAGAGAACUUUAAGAUGCCCUGACAGUGGGUGUUAAUUGUAUCAAUUGAGGUUAAGUAUGUACAGGUGGGUGUCAUGGAUUGAGAUUACUUGAGCACAUAUAAAGAGACUCUUAUUGACAUAGAGUGGAGCCAAGUCAGAAAGUAUAUACCUGUAAUGUUUCACUCAGUGAAUAAAUCUAUACCAAAUAAAAACUGGCUCCAGUUUCCUCCUUCACCAUCAGGCUGUCAGGAUUAUAACAUGGUAACAGAGAAUGCUUGUCUAAUGGUGAAGGUUGGAAACAAAAGGAAAAUAAAAUUUCAGACAGAAACUUACAAUCUGAGUAGCUUUUGUGAGAAAUGUCUGAAAGAAAGUGGGAAUUGUCAGGGUCUGAUUAUCCUUUGAUGUUCUCGGAGUCUGAGCCACACGACUAGUGGAAGAACGAAGGGGAUAUGUGGACAUGGGUUACGUCCCUACCAAGGAGGAAACAAAGUCUGGUCUUGGCAUCAUCAUCUCCCAACAAAAGUAAAAUCAGAAGCAAAGUAUUCAGUGAGCUGGAUGCCCAUCAAUUGGAUACUGAUGAAGGUUUGGAUCUUUUAUUCAGGUUCACUGAUGAGAUUUACAAGAAAGAUAAUCUAUUGGACGCCUAUGAAGCAUAGUUGGACUUUGACAUGUUUUGAAUGAGGGUGAAAGCAUCUUUAGCCUAUCUGGAAAUCACAGCAAAAGACAGGAUUGGAACAGCACUAAUAGGUGAAUGAACCCAGGAAUGACCAAGGAACAAUUAACAGGUGUUUCAGGUCUCACUCAAAAUAUCAUUAUGUGAUGAACAGCCCAAAGUGGAAAAUCAGGGUCUUCGAAGUGACACAUGACACAGAGAAUUCUGAGGCUGAAGAUGAUGAAGGAAUUGUAUUAGUCACAAGGAGAUUUGGUCCAGUGAUGAGUAUGUUAGUCACAGACUCAUUCAAUUGUGUUGUGUUAGACAGUGGCUGCACCUCGUCAGCAUGUGGAUUAGAUUGGUGAACAUGUUACCCAGAUUCACCUCAUACUGAGGAUCGACACAAGGUUAAGGAGUGUGAAAGUUCUACUUGUCUUGGUUUGGUGAUGUCAACGCAUUGAAGUCACGAAAAAGAGUGGGGAUUCCCUGCAAAAUAACUGGAGUCAGCCUCUUUAUCAGUGUUAACUGUUAGACUUCACCCCGAUGACACAUUUGUGUAAUAAGUAAGGCUUAUAUUACCAAAUUGUACUGUAUGUAAGCUUAACAAUGAACAGUCUUCAAUUGCCUGGCUCUUUCAGUUCCAGAUACUGUAAUGUAGCUUUAAGGAAAUAAAACUGGUGUUAAGGUCAGGAAGGGGUCAGAGCACCAGGUGUUCCAGGACACCCUGUUUAGAUACAAGUUAUAGUUCACAGUUAGAAGGGACUCCAAGCUGAUUGGCUCAAUUUGUUGUGGGCAAAUGAGGAACACUUUUCCCAUUGGUCAAGAAUCAGAAAUAUUUGUUGAAGAAGUUGUUAGGUUUGUUGAACAGCUGCACCAACAUGGGUUAAAUGUUACAAAGUUACCUUCAAAAAUGUCCAUUUGGUAACUCGAGUCCAUGCUGACUCUCUGUAGAGCGAUCCAGUCAGUCCCAUUCCCCCUCUAUUUCUCCGUAUCCCUGCAAGUUUAUUGCCUUCAAGUGCCCAUUCAAUUUUCUUUUGAAAUCAUUCAUCAUCUGAUUGCACCACCUCAUAGGCAGCGAGUUCCAGGUCAUUCUCACUCGCUGUGUAACAAAAACUUCUUCCUCACAUCCCCCCCACAUCUCACCUAAAACCUUCAACCUGUGUCCCCUCGUCCUUGGCGGGAACAGCUUUUCUUUGCCUAGCUGAUGUAAACCUGUCAUAAUCUUGUACACCCUAUCAAAUCUCCCCUCAACCUCCUUUGCUCCAAGGAGAACAGUCCCAGCCAGAACAAAGAAACAAGAUAUGUUCAUGCCUGGAAUAAAAUGGGAAUGUUUACAAUUCCACUGGGCAGUGAAAGAAUUGGAAUAACUCACCUUGGGUGUAAUUGAAUGGAAUAGAUCAAUCUGGUAUCCAUGUACAUUCGAGUGAAAUUCAGGGAAGUGUAGACAAGAUGAAUAAGUCGAUAGCUUUCUCUCGGAAAUGUUUAUACCAUUUGCCUCAACCCUUUUUUAAAAGAAAACCCACAGUUGAAAUCCUGGCCACUACCUGAAAUAUUGGGACUACACAGAGUGAGAUCAGCAAAGCUCUUCAGGCAGACCCACCGCCCCCACACACACUCCAACCCCCACUUCCCCCAUGAACUUCAGUUAAGAUAACAUGAAAGUCAAAAAAUGUCUGUCAUGCUAUUGGGAUACCAGUGUACGUUCAGUUGUGAUUUGUUAGAUGUUCAGCAACUAAUAGAGGGAAAUUCAUGGUGAAAUACAUGGAAGAGUCCCAAACAUACACAGCAACUUGACAAACAGUAUGACAUGGAAUGGUUAAUGUGGCCAGGAAUGCGACAUUUUGAUGUGAUCAAGGCAUUGACACACGCUCCAGAGAGAAACUGACUUUAAAACAGUCAGGAUAGAAUUAAAGGCACCAGUCAUGGUUGAAAAGUGAGUAAAACUAAAGUAAAAGGGAUAAAAAAUUAUGGAUUGGGACAACUGAGGGCUUGGGAGAAAUAAUACUAAGUGAGAACUCUCCACAAGUUGGACAGGGGUAAAGAGAGAGUUGGAGAAUCUUUUACAUCCAUGCUUGAUUUGUAGCUUGAAGCAUAUGUCCUUGUGUACUAGUAACCUAGAAAUCACGGCGCUCCUUCAGGAGAAAAGAUCGAGUAGAUGUUACCCCAGGCGGGGCCAGAACAGAACUGGAAAAUAAUGGAGUGAAAUUGAGUGAGGGAUCGGAGAGAGAGUUCUCCUCCCCCUUAAGGUGUGGACUGUAAGAAUCCUGGGGGAUCCCCUACUUCUGGUUUUUUUGCUAAUUAGUGAACAUUUAAUUAAAAACUAUGACAGGAUGUGCACUUAUUUUUAAUUUGAUUGUUACACUUCUCCUGUUGUGAUUACUCUCUGGGUGAGGAUGGUUGACAGGUGACAGUUUGGGAAAUUGUGGUUUGGGUCUUCAUUGAUCAAAUGUUUUAUUGAUCCGAAAGGUGUAAGAGGGGCCAAACUUCAGCAGAAAUCUGGCGGAGCUGAGAACAGACAACUUGCUAUGUGGGAACAGGGAGAUAUCCCAGAGGACAUAGAAAACAAGAGUGCCUUGAAUCCUAGAGGACACCUGGGUAUCAAGGCCACCAUGUUUUCACUGCUUAGCAUGGGAAUGCUGACUCCCUGUACCGGGGACGGAGCAUGGGAAGCCAAUUGUUUGAGAGUUUGACGUGGCUUGGGCAGGUACAGAUGGUUCAAUGACGGGUUUUGUAAUUGGUCCGUUCAAAUGUUAGCUCAGCAAUGAUUGGGUUAAAUCAGUCUCCGUAGACUUUGUGUUGUAUAAAAGUAUCAGAAGGGAUUCCCCGAGCACAGAGAUUUGUAGAGGUUUUACAUAUUGCGUUGACUGGUGCCAUGGCAUCUGGGGCAGACCAGGGAGCAUUUACAUGGAGAUGGUGCUUCUACCCAGAGUGUAAUUGUAAUGUUGCUGCACUUUGAUACUACUGCUCAGACAUGAGCAUGUGUCAGGUCUUAUUUAUACUGAAUAAAAUCUAACCACUGUCACCAA